AUGUCUGUCAUGGAACGCGUCCGUAACGCCCCCGUCGUCAAGGAACUAACGCCGCGUACGUUCGCCGUGUUCAUGUUCAUGAGUAUUGGCGCUCUCAACUUCGGCUUCGACAACGGCUGGUGGUCAAGCGUCCUCACCGUCCAAGAAUUCGCCGACUACUACGGCCCUCCUUCAACAACCGGUGAAUCGAGAGCAAUUCCAUCCUCGUGGCAGUCUGCUGGAUCUGGCACGGCGAAUGCAGGCAUGGUCAUCGGUUGUCUGAUCGCUGGCGCAGUUGGUAGAAAAAUCGGACGGAGAUGGAGUAUUGUUCUCCUCGUCGUCAUUGCGCUGAUGGGGAUGGUCAUUCAGAAUGUGAUACACUCGUUCUGGGCUGUCAUGGCUGGACGCAUGGUCAAUGCGAUCUCUAUGGGUAUCGAGGCCAACACGAUCCCCGUCUUCAUGGCGGAGCUGUCGCCCCCGGCUAUCAGAGGAACGAUUGUGAACUUCUACCAAUUCUGGCAACUCUGCGGUGUUCUUCUAGCCAGUGGAGUCGUCAUAGCUUCUCGCAAGUACGAGAAUCAAUGGGCCUUUCGGACAGUUAUGGUCGUGCAAUGCUUCAUAACCCUGAUUCUGCUUUUCAUAGUCUGGUUUCUACCGGAAUCACCAAGAUGGCUGCUCCUCAAGAACCGCCGCGAAGACGCCCGGGCUGCCCUGGCAUUCAUCCGAAAAGGCGCGGCUUCAGCAGAAGACGUUGAGAAAGAGCUGCAGCUACUCGAAGAGGCCAACGCAGAACAGGCCGAGUUCCACAAAGCCACCACUUACCUCGACUGCGUCAAGGGCUCCAAUGGUCGGCGUACAAUGAUUGCUGCCAGCGUCCAGGUUCUCCAACAGCUGCAAGGCAACUCAUUUGUUUCGUCAUACGGCGUGAUCUUCCUUAAGCAGCUAGGCGUCAAAGAUGCCCUUGAAGGACAUCUGUCUAUGGUGGCGAUGGCAGUGGCCGGAGCACUGUUCGCUUUCUACCUGUCUGAUCGAAUAGGACGAAGAACGCUGCUGCUCGUUGCCGCCGUCGCUUGUUGGGCAUUCAUGUGGCUUGCCUCAGGACUGUCUUCAUUCUGGCCAGGGGGCGUCUCUGGAGAUGCUGCGAAGGGCUCGUUGGCGAGUAUGCUAAUCUGGUAUUUCUUCUCGACUAUGGGAUGGCGUAGUUGUGUUUGGAUCACAACGUCCGAGGUCGCCACCUCUCAGCUUCGAGAGCGAACGAUCAGCAUUGCCACUUCCUUGAGCUUUGUGGCCGUUCUUCUGGUAUCCUACAUCAAUCCAUUCGUUCAGAACGAGCCGGGUAACCUUCAGAGUCGAGUCGGCUUUGUGUACGGUUCUUUCAGUCUGAUAUCCGUUUUCUGGGUAUACUUCUUCAUGCCUGAGCUCUCUGGUCGCUCCCUGGAAGAGCUUGAUGAACUAUUCCAAGCCAAGGUCCCCGCAAGAAAGUUCGGCAAGUAUCGGGCUGCUGGUGUCGGCGCCAAAAUCACAGCCAUUCAAGAUACGAAUGCAGAUGCUCACAUACGUGUGAUAGAAGGAACAGAAAUCAAUGUGGAGGAGAGCGUCAAGUUUGACCAGAAGGUCUAA